UGGAGGACCUGGUGUGCAGAAGAAUCAGUAAUGAUGAAGUGGUUGUGUCUUUUCACAUGGCUGCAGGCUGUGUUUUCUCUGGUGGAAAUAAUUGGUUAGAAAUCACAGGACAUGAACGUGGUUCAGUGCUGUUACCCUGCUCUUGCUCUGACCUGCACUCCAAACCUCAGAGCUUCACCUGGAAGUCUUACAGGACAGGACAUUUGACUGAAGUGUUAAACGAGGAACACUACCGUGGCAGACUUCAGAUGUUUAAUAACAUUUCUGCUGCUAAUCUGUCACUACUCAUAUCUGACUUGAAAGAAGAGGAUGGUGGAGACUACAGAUGCAGCACUGAGAAAGGAUAUAAAGAUUUCUGGCUUAAUGUUAAAGGCUGUGAGCUGGUGAAGAAGACAGUAGUAGAGGAAAUGACUGGAAUCAUAGGAGAGUCUGUAGUUCUGCCCUGCUUCUGCACUGACCUACAGGACGACCUGAAGACUGUAACAUGGGAGUUUAAUUAUCAGGAAAUUUAUCAUGAACAGACUAGAUAUCGAAAAAAACGUAUGAAACUGGUCAGUAAAAUCCCUCCCGGAAACCUCUCUCUAAUCAUAUCAGACCUGACUGAAGAGGACCAGGGAAUCUACACAUGUUCUGUACAGGAUGAUAAAAAGAAAUUCAGACUUUAUGUUAAAGCAGAAAGAAAAGAAACAACAACACAACCAAAGGUUGCAGCCUCAAAGUAAAUUAACAAACUCUUCUGCAUCACUUACAUCUACCUCAUCAACACAAGGUAAAAAAAAACAAGAAGCACCAAGAAACCCUCCACCUGCAUCAUCCUUAUCAACACAAGGUCAAACAAAACAAGAAGCACAAACAAAACCUCCACCUGCAUCAUCCUUAUCAACACAAGGUCAAAAACCACAAGAAACACCAAGAAACCCUCCACCUGCAGCAACUUCAUCAACACAAGUUCAAAAACCACAAGAAGCACCAAAAAAACCUCCACCUGCAUCAUCAUCAACACCAAUGGAGCAAGAUGAACACCAAAAUUACAGCAUCGUCCCUCUUCUUGUGGUUUUGCUGCUGCUGAUGUUCGUUUUAGUGGCAUUUAUUUGUUGGAGAUGCAGAGGAGCAAGAUCUGGAGCGUACAUGAUUACGGCAAAUCGUCUGGAUUUUUUUAAGCGAAAGCAGGAGGAUCAGCUUGUAACUGGUGACACUUUAUUUACUACAGUCAAUUAUACUUGUGACCCUACUGACCCACAUUAAAACAGCUGGAGCAGUACAGGUUAAGAUCAUCACUGAAAAGAAAACCUAAUAUUAAAUACAAGCCCAGGAUAUGUGUUAUUUUUACUUCCUUAUGUUAGUUAUGGCCAUUGCACUGCAUUCACUCUAUUCAUUGCACAUCAUGCACAGGAUGCACUAUUGUGAUAAUCUUGCUAAUUACAUUUAAGUGUGUAUGUGACAUUUAAUAUCUUAUGUGUUACAUUUGUAUAUCCAGGUAAGAUAUAUUGUUUUCAUCAUGCUCUUUUGUGUAAGAAGACUGGUAUAAAAGUUCUUGUUUAUGAAUUUUCCUUGUUAAACAGCUGUUCUGCAAUUUAUAAUUGUAAUCGCAAUGUUUUAAAUGUAAUCAAAAUGUAAUAACAAACAAAUUAUCACUACGUCACAGCUGAUUCCCAAUUAAACUGAAGACAAACAAAUGGGUUUUUUUUCCUAUAUAAAAGAGGACAUAUUUGGGUCUAUGGGCAAUAUUAUGGUACAGAAGGUAGCAUUGCUGCCUUAUAAGUCUAAGGUCCCCAGUUUAAUUCUGAGGCUAGAUUACUGUUUGUGUUUAGUUCCCCCAGGUACUUUUCAGUUUCCUUCCAAAGAACUUUAGAGUGGAUCAACUAGGGUCCAGAUCCUUUGUGAACUUGAGAGGUUUAA